AUGUUGGAGCAGAAUCUGUCCCCCGGCUCCUGGUCACGCUGUGCGCUCGGCCUCGACCCCGCGGUCCUCUGCCAGCUCUUCUCCAGUUUGACUUUGAUAGAUGGCAGUCCUAGUACUUGCUGCAGUCCUAGUACUUGCUGCAGUCCUAGUACUUGCUGCAUUCCUAGUACUUGCUGCUGUCCUAGUACUUGCUGCAUUCCUAGUACUUGCUGCAGUCCUAGUACUUGCUGCAGUCCUAGUACUUGCUGCAGUCCUAGUACUUGCUGCAGUCCUAGUACUUGCUGCAGUCCUAGUACUUGCUGCAUUCCUAGUACUUGCUGCAGUCCUAGUACUUGCUGCAGUCCUAGUACUUGCUGCAGUCCUAGUACUUGCUGCAUUCCUAGUACUUGCUGCAGUCCUAGUACUUGCUGCAGUCCUAGUACUUGCUGCAGUCCUAGUACUUGCUGCAUUCCUAGUACUUGCUGCAUUCCUAGUACUUGCUGCUGUCCUAGUACUUGCUGCAGUCCUAGUACUUGCUGCAGUCCUAGUACUUGCUGCUGUCCUAGUACUUGCUGCAUUCCUAGUACUUGCUGCAGUCCUAGUACUUGCUGCAUUCCUAGUACUUGCUGCAGUCCUAGUACUUGCUGCAUUCCUAGUACUUGCUGCUGUCCUAGUACUUGCUGCAGUCCUAGUACUUGCUGCAUUCCUAGUACUUGA